AUGGAAAUAAAUAAUAGUAAUAAUAAUAUUAAUAAUAAUAAUGAUAAUAAUAUAAAUGAUUUUAAAAUUUAUAAAUUGUAUAAAUUAGUUUUUAAGAAUAUUUAUAUUUCAAGAUUAAUAUUUAAUUAUGUUUAUUUAAUAAAUGAACAAAUAACAAAUAGUAGUCAAAAUUCUAAAUUCACAGAAGUAUUAAAUUUCAAACAAGCAUCAUUCGAUUGGAUUAUAAUUAAUAAACAUUAUCAAUUACUUUUAUAUAAAAUUCAAAUGAAUACAGUUUUCACAGGAUUCACAUUUGAAAAUUUAAUAAAUUGUAUAAACUUAAUUCAAUCAAAUAAUAUAAAUAAUAAUGAAAAUUUUAUAAAAGUUUUAAAACAAUUUUAUAAAACAAAUUUAAAUCAAUUAAUUAAUAAUACAAAAUUAUUACAUGAAUAUCCAACACCAUCAUCAUUAACAAUGACAAUAAAAGAAACAAUAAAUAAUUUACUAUUAUCAAAAUAUAAAACAACACAAUCUGUUAAUAUUAAAAAAGGUAUUAGUUUAAUUGCAUUAUCAAUUCAUAGUGAAAAUUUUGAUUUUUUAAAAAUAGUUUAUCAAGAAUCUAUUAAUGAUUUAACCACACCAAUUAGUGGAAGUUUAAAAAACCAAUUAUCAAUGUCAGUUGGUGAUAAAGAUGGUACGGCGGAUAAUGGUGGUUGUGAAGGUGGUUUAUUAGAGAUUGCAUUGUUGUAUGGUAAUAUGGAUAUAAUAAAAUUUGUGCAUUUAAAACUUGAUAUUGCUAUUAAAAAUCCAUGGAAAUCAUUAAUCUACUCUUUAAAAUCUGAAAAUCGUUCAAAUGCUAUUCAAUACCUAUUGGAAGAUUUAAAAUUUAAUAUACCAAAAAUUGAAUAUCCAAGUACCUAUAAUAGAUUGAAUGUACCAUAUUAUUAUUUUCAAAAUUUAUUAAAAUUACCAUUCAAUCUAUUUAAAAAACUUUAUGAUUUAAAUAUACCACUAUUCUUUGAUUCUCAUAAAUAUUCAAUGUUAUUCAAUCAUUUUGAUGACUCAACAAUUAAUAAUAAUAAAAUUAAAUUUCAAGAUUAUUUAGAAUUUAUUAAAGUUUCAAUAUUUUCAUUAACAGUUUCAUCAAUUGAUCAAAUUAAAAAAAAUAGUUUAAUAUUAAAAAAGAUUCAAUAUUUAAUUAAUUAUAAUAAUAAUAAUGAAAAUGAAAAUAAUAAUAAUAAAUUUAAUUAUAAUUUAUAUAUUUUAAAAGAAAUUGAUUUAAUUAAAUAUAAUAAAUCAUCAAAGAUAAUAUUAGGUGAAAAUAAUUUUUUAGAACAUGGUAAAUUAUUAUUAACAAAUUUAAUAUCAAAACCAAAAUUUAAUAAUACUAUUAAAAAUUAUCCAAUUGAAUGUAGUUUUGGUAAUUUUACAAAUAUAAAUUUUAAAGAUUUUAAUUUAGAAAGAGAAAUUAAAAGAGUUUUUUUAUUUGAUUUUUUAUAUUUUAAUAAUCAUAUUCAACCAGAGAAUAAGUUUAAUCAAAUUGUUAAUUUCGUUAGAACUUAUAAAGAAUUUCAUUUAAUUGAACAUUUAUCAUCAACAACUGAAAUUAUUAAAUCUUCAAUUCUAAUUUCACAUUAUUAUGCAGAUUCUUAUUUAAUUGAAAAUAUCAUAAAAUAUAAUACAAAUAAUUCAAAAAUAUUUUCAUUUAAUCCAACAUUUGAUAAAUUUAAAUUAAAAGAUAUUUAUUUUUUUGAUCAAGUUAAUAUAAAUUUAAUAAAUAAAUUAUUAAAUGAUAAUAAUGGCGAAGGAAGAAUUAUAAUAUCAAUUGAAAAGAAAAUUGAAUUUUUAAAUCAAUUAAUUCAAUUAGGUGCAAAUGGAUUUAUUAGAAAUUAUUUAAAAUUUAUAAUUAAAAGUGAAUUUGAUUCAAAAAAUUUUAAAAUACCAGAACAUGCUGAAUUAAUUAUUGGUUCAAUUAAUGAAUAUAUAAAUAAAAAUAAAAUACAAUUAAUUAAAUCAAAAGUUACAUUUACAAAUCUAAAUGUUUUAAAAUAUUUUUAUUAUAAUUAUAAAGAUUAUUUUAUUUGGGAUUCAAUUAAAAUUGGUAGAAAUUGUUUAAAAACUAAAGAUUUAGAAAUAAUUAAAUUCAUUCAUUUCAAUAGUAUUGGUAAUUUAAAUUGUGAAUAUUGUAUUGAUACAAGUACAGCAACAUUUAUGAUAAAUAAUUUAGGUUAUACUUUUUAUAGUUUUUCAUUAAAUCAUUUAAUUUAUUCAUUAGAUAAUUAUAAUUCAAAUUAUUUAUUUCAAUAUGUUAUAAAUUAUUUAAUUUCAAAUGGAAUUGAAAUUUCAAUUGAUUAUUCAUUAAUUUUAAAUAAUUAUUUUCAUUGUAAAUUAAUUGAAUCAAAAGUUAUUGAUGGUAGUUUAACAAAACUAAUUUCACCAAAUUAUUAUAAUAGGAAAAUUGUCAAUGCUGAUGGUAAUGAUGAUAGUGAUGCUGAUGGUAAUGGUGAUAGUGGUGGUAAUGGUGAUGAUGAUGAUAAAUAUGUAAAAUCAAAACAAGAACUUUAUGAAGUAUUUAGAAUUAUUUAUGAUUUAAAUAUGAUUAUGACAAUUGGCAAUUAUCAAAUUAUUAAACAAUUUUUUAAAGAAUUUGCAAAUGCAACAAAUAGGGAAGAUUAUUUUUUAUUGUUGAGUGCUAAAAAUAUUAAAAAAAUUAAAUCAACACCACAAUCUUCACCAAUAAAAUUAUUAUUUAAAAAAAGUGAUUUUAUACUUAACGCAAAUAAUUUAAUUUUAGAAUAA